GCGCACCCUUUCACAUUUUUAUGCGGCUUUUCAUGAAAAAUUAAGCGACCCGCAUGAGCUUCGCAGACUUUUAAUAUUUUUUUAGGGCGGUUAAGACCGGCAAAUUUUUUUUCUGAAAAAUUUAUGUUUUGCGGCCAUUAUGGGGCCAAUGUCAAAAAAGGCGCAAAAGCGAAAAAUGAAAUAUUUCGAAUUGUGUUAUAUUUUCAGUCUUAUUGAUGUUAAUUAGAUAAAUAGGAUAGAUGGUAUAGCAAAGAGGGCUUAUAUAUAAUAAAAAAUAUAAUUAUUGCGUUUGUGACAUAAAUUACCCCUUUAUAUAUUAUUAGUCUAAUAAAAAAAUUACAAAAUGGGACCGAAAAAGGCUAGAAUUUCAUCUGAGGAAGCCAUUCAAAAUAUAUUGAGAUUUAUUGAAGAAGAUAACGUAGACGAAGCUAUGGAUGAAGAACUUGAUGAUGAAGAUGAUUUGGAAGAAUUGUGCGGUGAAAUUGAUAAAGAAAUAGUUGAAGAAGAGGAUCAUCAACAUGAUAACGAUGACCGUGUAGGUGAUGCUGACAAUGAUGCGUCCGAAAGUGAAGAGGAAGCCGGAGCAAACCAUUCGAGGAGACGUCGACUUACGAAAUAUCGCUUAGUAAACAGUAUUGCUGCCGCUACAAAUUUAGAAAAUUAUAACGUUUUUCCAAUACCACCAGAAUCAAAGUCUAUCCAAAGCAUUUUCAAAAUAGAUAAUAAGAAGAAAAAUGACAUAAUUCGUACUUUCCAGAAUCAGCCACAAGCUGGAAAUGUUGGUCGAAAUAAUCGUGCAAAUGUUAUUACUGGACGACAAGGCCCACAACCAAAAGCUUGUGAAACUGCAUCACCCCGUUCUGCUUUUGAGCUCUACUUCACUCCUGAAAUUGUGAAUAACAUUUUGUUGUGCACCAACAGAAAGAUUAGACGCACUCUGUCCAAACUACCCGAUAAUUUCUUGACGCAAAAUAGUAGGUAUUCGUACAUGAAAGAAACCUCUGUUGAAGAAAUUUAUGCAUUUAUUGGAUUGUACCUAUAUCGAGGACUAUACAAACUAAACUGUAUAUCUGCUCAUAGAUUAUUCUCAAACCAAUAUGGUCCGCCAAUAUUCAGCGCCACUAUGUCGAGAAAUAGGUUUUUUUUUAUACGUACAAACCUUUGUUUUGACGACGAGACAACAAGAGAUGAAAGAUGGAAACAUGACCGUUUUGCGGCAAUGCGUGAAGUUUUUGAAUCUUUCAAUUAUGAAUGCAUGUCAUGCCUUGUACCGGGCGACUAUCUAUCACUUGAUGAAACCCUGUAUCCAAUGAGGACACAGAUAAGUUUCAAACAGUACAAUCCCAACAAACCCGCCAAAUACGGUUUAUUACUGAAAGCCAUAAAUGCAGCACGAUAUCCGUAUACAUUCCUUGCAGCUCCAUAUAGCGGCAAACCACAGGGAGAUCCAGGAAUUUAUUAUGUACCAGGCACUGAGGAAAUAGUAAAAUACAUGAUAAAACAACUAUCAAAUGUUGUCUCGCUGGCCGGACGUAAUAUAUCUUUCGACAGAUUAUAUACAUCAAUCCCGCUUGCGCUUUGGUUGUAUGAAAGGGAUAUCACUUGUGUUGGUACAAUGCAGAUCAACAGGAAAGGAAUUCCAAUUGAAAUGAAAGAUUUCAAACAAAGAGAGCCACUGUCCAGUGAAGUGUAUUGGCAAAAAGAUGGGCCGCUGUCCUUAUCUUCAUAUGUAGUGAAAACUUCAAACGGAAAGAAAAAUGUACUCAUGUUGUCAACACUAGAACCAAUCCUAGGUACAACCAAGGAUGAUAAUUGCCACAAAUUGGGGUUAUAUAAACUAUAUGACUUUACAAAGGGGGGUACUGAUAUUGUGGAUCAGAGGAUGGGGUUUCACACGACGAAGACAAAGUCAAGAAAGUGGACGUUUGUUAUGUUUUCUUACAUGUUGGAUACCGCUCGAGUAAAUUCUUCGACGAUAUAUUCACUGAAUAAAGGUAUUGAUCCGCUACAACAAAAGUCUUUUGAAUACGCCUUUCAAUUAGUCAUGGAAUUGGUGAAACCAACCAUACAAAAAAGAAGUCAAAAUGGUAUGUUGUCCAUCACAAAACAAAAAAUAAAUCUUGUCUUGGGUAAUGCGCAAUGUAAUCCGGAACCGCGUGCAGCUAUUGGUCCUGCAUUUGCAGAAACAAGGAAACGGUGUACUGUUUGUCAGGCUGAGAAUGCAGGAGAAAAUUAUUCCCAAAAGAAAAAAUCUAUUCCGUGUGUCAAAUCACUUUGUCAAUCAUGUGGCAAUACAACGUGUCAGGCCCAUAUGAUACAAAAAUGUAUGUCGUGUUCAAAGAAAUGAACGUUCUGGUUUCAGCUGAUGAUAUGAACCUUACUGACAUUAUUUUACUUCUUUUUGUUUAUUUUUGUCAUGUUUUAUACUAAUAGCAGGGUUUUGGUGUAAAAAAACUAAUUCAUGUCAAAAAACCUUCUUUAGGGACAUUUUUUUGAAAAAUCCUUAUUUUUCGCCCUUUUUUUUCAGCCGCUCAUGUUGAUUGGGGCAGUGAGAAUGUAAUUUAGCUUGAAAACAUCCAAAGUAGGUGUUUUUUGGUACAAUAUAGAUACAUAAUGUUACUGUAAAAAAAUCAGGUUCACCGCUUUUAUGCGAAAGAUUUUCUUGGGGGUGCGCUCAAUCAGCGCGCCCCUGGGAUUUGAACGUCAAAAAAGCCCCGGUACGAAUAGGGUUAAGUUUAAAUCCUCGUUUUGACAGAUCUUUUUCUGAGAACGAGGCUAAAAUGAGUUUUAAGCCAAUAAGAAUCCUAACAGUACAACAAAUUGUUUUAUUAUCCAAUGAACAUUACUUUAUUUUAAAGUUUAUAAUCGAAAGUUAAAGCUCGUGCAGUGUAGCAUAAUGAAGAUCGUCUUAUAAUGCGCCAUCUUUGAUGUUAUAUAAUUACGCCAUUUCCUUCUGUACUACAAAUUUGUAAGCACGUAGACUAAAGCUAUAUUCAGCAGAACUAAUUAACUAUCAAUGAAUUUUAAUUUAAAGAGGAAUUGCUGAGGCUGAAUAUUUUUGGUGAAAGAUAAUGUAUUACUAGCUGCUUCCCGUGGAAGAAUCCACUGUAUUCCAUUUAAUUUAUGUAGCAGAUAUAUGUCUAUCAAAAAACAAACAAUACAGCAGUGCACAUCUUACAUCUGCAUUAUUAUAUAAAUGACCAAAAAAAAUAAAGGUUUUCAACAACUGCAGUAUUUAUGUGACAUUUAAAAUCUAAAUCUACUAAAAUUACUGCUCUGACCAUCUGACAAAUGCGAAAAUUAUUCGGAAAAAAGUUUUUAAAAGCAUUUCAACAUACAUCUCACCCAUAAAAUUUAAAUCACUCAAAACGCCACAUAUAUACAAAGAAGCUGAUCAAUGUCAAACACAAAUCUCUCUCAUUGUAUAUGUCAAAAUCAGUUAGUUUAUUGCAAACCCUGCCAAAGGUUGACACAAAAUGUGAAAAAUAAACAAUAAAUUUUUCCUAAGUAGAAAUUUUUAUCUAAGGUGUUAAAAAGGGAUUUGCAAGGAUAAAUAAUAAUGCAAUAAAACAUUAUUUGACAUAUUGCAUACGGUCCUUCCUGACCAAACUUUAGACAAAAUGCCAACAAAAUAACGGUGUUUAAAUCUAAAAUUAAUAAAGUCCUUUUAGCAACUUGCAUGCUGUUUUACCAUCAAUAAAGUAAACAAAAUUUCAAAUCUCACAUAGUAUUCUGUCACAAAUUUUCAUAAAAUAUAUAUAUAAGUCAUAAUGAGUCAUGUUAAUUGGUAUGGUUCGGAAGUGAAAACGACACAAAGUAGUGGUAGAAAAUGUAUUCUUAAAUAGUUUGCAGUUAUAUUUUUGGGGUAUGGGUUGAGGUGCUAGGGCUUCGUUAAAAAUUAAGUACUGAAAUAAAUUACUGACAUUGUAACAGACUAGACAAUUGACAAAUUACUGACAUUGUAACAGACAAGACAAUUCGCACUACAUGCUUUAGACAACGGACUCUUGAAUCUUGACACUACAUGUCUA